CUCAUGGCGGAGUUGAGACUACUGCUUCUAUUUUUACUGGCCUUAAUGAUGAGUUCUGAGGCCAAAGAGAAGAAGGUAAAGAAACUGAGGAGGAAUCGGAGAGAGUGGAUUCUUCCUCCUACAAAGCUGAUGGAGAACAUUGACUACACCCAUUUGGAACACAUUGCAAAGAUACGCUCUGAUAAAGACAAAUUUGAGAAGGUUCAAUAUUUCCUUUCUGGAGAAGGGGCGGAUAAAAAACCAUUAAACCUCUUUGUGGUGGACCGAGAGACUGGUUUUGUACGUAUCACUGAUAUACUGGAUCGGGAAAACUGCCCACACUACAAUCUAACAGGGAUCGCUAGAUACAGGAAUGGGACCACAGCAGAGGAUAACAUCCCAAUGACUGUAACAGUCCUGGACCAAAAUGACAAUCCUCCUUCUUUUGAGCUGCAUACUGGAAACAUUAAUGAGGCAAGCAAAAAAGGAACCUUUGUCAUGCAGCUUGAGGGUAAAGACAUUGAUCAAGCUGGAACAAUUAAUGCAGAGAUCUCCUACAGAAUCAUCAGUCAGAAGCCAGAAGGCACAGGUCACAUGUUCCAUUUAGAUGAAAAGACUGGAAAACUGUAUGUCAAAGAGCCCACGCUGGACAGAGAGACUUAUGACUUCUACAGACUGGUUAUAAAACUAACUGAUAUGGGAGGAGCAGCAAGUGGACUAACAGGAACUGGAACUGUAGAGAUCAAGAUCCUGGACAUCAAUGAUAACAUGCCUACUCUGGAAAAAUCUGAGUAUUCUGGCUCAGUGGAUGAAAAUGUUGACAAUGUCGUGGUGAUGAAAAUCAAGGCUUUGGACAAAGACCAAGAAUACACAGACAACUGGCUGACUCGCUUCACAAUUUCCAAAGGAAAUGAAGAUAAUCUCUUUUCCAUUGAGACAGACAACAAAACCAACGAGGGCAUCUUAAAGUUGAUAAAGCCUGUGGAUUUUGAAGAAGUCCAGAAGCUUGAGCUUGGCCUUUUGAUUGAGAAUAUUGCUCCGUUUGUGAUUGGUAGUGCUAUACAGAUGGAUGUGGAUGUUCAUGUUGGAGAGGGUGACCCUCUAGUUACUGGAGCUGGUGCCGGGGCAGGAGCUGGUGCUGGUGCCGGUGCCGGUGCCGGUGUGGGUGUAGAGACAGAGCUGGGAGUAGAUGUGGAAUUGGAUGUAGGCGUGAGUGUAGAUGUGGGCCUAGAUCUGAAAGGCGAGGGGGAUAUAGGGUUGGAUGCAGGACUUAAACCUGAGGUGGGGGCUGGCCCUGGAGUUGGCACUGAUGUGAAGCUUAAACCAGGACCAGGAACAAAGCUGAAGCCAGAUGCACCAAAAAGCUACCCCAUUAAAAUAUCAGUUAAUAAUGUACCAGAGGGUCCAGCAUUUAUACCUGACACCAAGAUUGUUCAUGUAUCCGAGGACCCAAAGGAAGCACCUAAAGAUGGCAAGAUCGCAGUGUUUGCUGCUACUGAUCCAGAUACAGGAAAAACAGCUGAAGAUGUCAGUUAUGCCAAAGCUUAUGAUCCAGAUAACCUGUUUACAAUUGAUGAAGGAACAGCUGAAAUUAAACUCAACAAGAUACCAGACAGGGAGUCAUCUUACUUGAAGAAUGGUACCUAUAUCGCCAAGAUUCUAGCUAUAACCAAAGACAUGCCCUCAAAGACAGCAACAGGAACAAUAGCCAUUCAAGUCACUGACGGCAAUGACCACUGUCCAACCCUGACUACACACCAUGCCAGUCUGUGCUCUGAUCAAAAAUCUGUUUACAUUACGGGCAUUGAUGAAGAUGUUAGUCCCAAUGCUGCUCCAUUCACGUUCAGAAUAAUACCUGAUGGGACACAAGGCAGCUGGGUUGUAGAAGUCAUCAAUGAGACAAGUGCUGCUAUUCAUUCCCAUGUGCCACUAUGGCCUGGACAACAUAAUCUCCAGGUAGAGGUGUUGGAUGCCCAGGGUCUGUCUUGUCCGACCAAGGAAGUUUUUACAGUAAAUGUUUGUACUUGUUCGGAAACAAAGGACUGCAGCCUGAGAACAGCAAGACUAGGAACUACAUCAUCUAAGCUUGCUGCACCAGCCAUUGGCUUGUUGUUACUGGCAUUUUGCUUACUACUAUUUAUCCCAUUUCUUCUGGUGAUCUGUCAGUAUGCAGGGGCAGACAAAAUCUUUCCUGACCAAUUUAACGAGCUACCAUUUCUCCCCAAAGAAAACCUCAUAUCCUAUCAUACUGAAGGCAUAGGCGAGGAUAAGGAAAUGUCACUCCAAUGUUUACCUGUUAUGCUCCAAAAGGUUAAGAUGGGACAGUCGUCAAAUUUCAACAUGAAAAAUUCAAACAUAAUGGAAAUUGAUGAGAUACAAAUCCAGAGCGAGCAGAAAUAUCAGGCAGCUGUCCAGACUGUAAUGGAGGUUGACAAUGCCUACACAUUUUCAAGGGAAUCAGUGAACCUUGGCAAAGGGCGUGCAUCAUUCAACAGAAAAGUGAUUGGUAUACAACACACAGAAGCCCUGUAUGAGGACAUAGCCCUCCCUGAUGCUUUUCUCAAUGAUUACUACUCUCAGAAAGCGGCAUGUGCUGUUCCUGUGGAGGAUUCCCAUUUGGAAUAUGAUUUCGAGGGCCAGGGCUCCUCUGCUGGCUCUGUGGGUUGCUGCAGCCUUCUGGAGGAUGACAAUGAUUUAGAUUUCCUCACUGAACUUGGACCAAAGUUCAAGACUCUGGCUGAGAUCUGUAUGUUUCCUACAGUGUCCCCCAAACCCAUAUUGGCACAAAAUGUUGCAGGUGCUGUCAAAAGCACAGCUGAUUUUGUCGAGCCAGUUUUUAAGACCAGACAGGAGCACAUUGUUGAAACAAAGCAUGCAGACAUAAAAACAGAAAGAGUAACGUCAAAUACAAAUAUACUACAGUCAUCUGUCAGUACUGUAAGUACUGCCGCAUCUAUGACACUUCCUACCUCUAAGAGUACUAGUGUCAGACGUUCCUCUCAUAUUAGUCAUUAUGAUAAACUACCCAGUCCAGUUCAGACUGUUUUACUACAACAGGAACCAAUUUACUACACCAGCUCUGUAUCACAACCCAUACAAUAUGUAGUUCAACCACAUCUACAGAACACACUUUUGUUAGUAGAUGGCUCCAACGGGACCAAUCGAAUUUUUAUCCAGGACAUUGAGAGGUCAAGAAAUCCUGCUAGCCACAGUGUUCCAACCAGCCCCAUUGCCUUCCUACCCAUCAGCCCAGCUAUGCCCCUGGGCUCUACGGAGGAUAGGAAACUAAUGCAGCUAAAUGGUCAUUGUAUGCCGAAUAAGGAUAAAAGUAGUCAAAAGUAG